GCAGAGUGGGACGGAGCUGGCGGGCAGCGCUGACAUCACCGUGGGGUGCGGGCUGGAGGAGCGGCGAGAGCGGGACGGGCGGGACUCCGCCGCUCCUUUCGGCUCAGUUCAGCCCAUUUCAGCCUGCUUCAGCCCUUGUCGGUCCAUUCCAGCCCGUUUGUCCCGCCUGGGAGCGGACCGGGAGUUUCCCCGGGGUCACUGAGGCAGCGCCCCGGAGCGAGCGGAGCCGCGCGGAGCGGAGAGCGCGGACAGAAAGUUACAGCCCAGAUCUUUCCUGCCCAUUUCGGACUGCUUCGGACCAUUUCAGCCCGUUUCGGACCAUUUCGGACCAUUUCAGCCCGUUUGGGCCCGUUUGUCCCGCCUGGGAGGGACCGGGAGUUUUCCCCGGGGUCACUGAGGCAGCGCCCCGGAGAGAGCGCGGACAGAAAUUUGCAGCCCAGACCUUUUGUUUUUGGCACACAAACGCUGCAAUAGAAGCGCUGGGCUCCUUCCCGCGGCACAGCGCAGCUCCGGGGCUCGGUGCGCGUUUCUGGGAGUUUUCCUCCGGUCCCGGGAGUUAACUCGGGGUUAAAUGAAGAUACCGAGGGGUGAAGCAAGGAAAGAACGCCUGCAGGGUCUGGAAGGAUGUUCUGCCGGCACUGAAGGAAUGGACCUUUCGAACCUGCUUGGAAAAUGUCCUUUUUGAUACCGAGAGUCGCAGAGGAAAGCUUGUGAUUGGGAUCUGCAGGAGUUUGCGUUCCGCUGUCCUUCCACGCUUCCAUGGACCAUGGAGAGUUUGCUGUGGCUGCUCUGCUGCCAUUACUCGUUGCUGAUUUUAUUUCAGCAGAAAUACCAGGUGUACGGGAACCAUUCCCAGCUCCCCAAACACCCAGGGUUCAGAGUCCUGGCCUCAGCCUCCCACUACUGGCCCCUGGCAGACGUGGAUGGGAUUCACGAGUUCCGGGACACCCACGGAGCUCUAAGAAUCCACAACUUCACUGUGCUUCCUCCCCAUAACUCUACCUUUGUAAAUACCAAUGACUCUGCCUACUCUAACUUCUCUGCAACCGUAGAUAUUGUAGAGGGGAUGGUGAACAAAGGGAUUUACGUCACUGAGAAGAAAGGAGUCACCUUUCUCUUCUUUGGGAGCUACAGGAAUUCCUGCAUCAGCAACCCAGAGGCUUGUGGGCCCGAAGGGGUAACAUUUUCCUUCUUCUGGAAGACCCAAGACCAGCAGGCCAAGCUUCUCCCUGCCUCUGGUGGUCGGGUGGUUUCCAGUGGGUUCAAAAUCUGCUCAAACGAAGGCGAGGGCUCUGUGGAGUUUUACAGCCGGGGGAAUGCCAUGAUGAAGUGGAAAGCAAGCUUCAGCCCACCAGGUCCCUGCUGGACGCACGUGCUGUUCACCUGGCGGUCGAGGGAAGGCCUGAAGGUGUACGUGAACGGCACGCUGAGCACCACGGACCCCGAGGGCAAGGUGUUCUAUGACUAUGGGGACGCCAGCCCCGACCUGCUGGGCACGGAGGGUGCGGCCCCGCGCUCCGUCAGCGGCGCCUUCGACGAGUUUGUGAUCUGGGAGAGGGCGCUGAGCCCGCGCGAGGUGCGCCAGUACUUCACUGCCGCCGUGGGUGUGCAAGUCCUGCUCUCUUCAACUCUUCCCUGGUCUCUGGUGACAACCACGACACACCCCAUGCUCCCCACCAAUGCCUACCAGCCCGUCCUGGCAGCACUGGGCCAGCACAGAGGCAGCUCUCCCUCGGCCAGCUCCCUGCUGGGGCACCUGCAGAAUGUGUCCUCCAGCCUGCCCAGCAAAGCCCUGUCUGGGCACACUGCCCUCAGCCUGGCACAGGCGUUUCUAGCAGCUAUUGAGGAGUUCCUGUUGCUGUCUGACUGGAUUGAUGGACCAGAGAGCCCCGCCGUGCUCAGCAGCCUGAUCCACACCAUCGACACGGUGCUGGCUCACCUGUCCCUGCACCUGGAGGGCAGCGAGCUGCCUCUGACCCUCGAGGGCUCCUCGGCCGUGGCAGACUAUGCUGUGGUCAAAAUGCACCCCCAGAGCCUGAACGUGUCCCACUACCGGUUCCCAUCCCGAGGGCACAGCUACAUCUCCAUCCCCAGGGCAGCUUUCCAUGGAAAAGCCUGCAUCACCAUCGUGGGCCUGCUCUACCACAACCUGCAUCACUUCUUUAACAACAUCAACCCCGAGGACACCAGGAUUGCUGAAGCUGCUGCCCACAGGGGCUCCACCAUCUCAGCCAGCAGUUAUCUCAUCUCCAUCAAGGUGGAGCCUCGGCCCCAGCUGUCCCACAACCUGUCAGGCUCUCCUCUCAUCACCAUCCAGCUCAGCCACACCCUGACACCCAGACAGUACAGCCAAGCACUAAAUAAAAGUAACAGAGUCCAUCUCUACUGUGCAUUUCUGGAUUAUAGCAACGGCAGCGGCGUCUGGUCCGACGAGGGCUGCGUGAGGCAGGGUGGGGACCUCAACUCCUCCGUGUGCCUCUGCAACCACCUCACCAACUUCGCCAUCCUGAUGCAAGUGGUGCCCCUGCAGCUGCCGAGAGAACACCAGGUGGCCCUCUCCUCCAUCACUUACAUCGGCUGUGCUCUGUCCAUCCUCUGCCUGACCAUCACCCUGGUCACCUUCGCCGUGCUCUCGUCUGUCAGCACCAUCCGCAACCAGCGCUACCACAUCCACGCCAACCUGUCGAGCGCCGUGCUGCUGGCCCAGGCCCUGCUGCUGGCCAGCUUCCAGCUCAGCCCUGCAACCCUGCCUUGCAAGAUAUUGGCCAUUCUCCUUCAUUUUUUCUUCCUGAGUGCGUUUGCAUGGAUGCUGGUGGAAGGAUUUCAUCUCUACUCCAUGGUGAUCAAAGUAUUUGGGUCAGAAGAAAGCAAGCACUUCUAUUAUUAUGGAAUUGGAUGGGGCUGCCCGCUGGUGAUCUGUGUCAUUUCUGCCACCUCGUCCCUGGACAGCUACGGAGAGAGUGGCAACUGCUGGCUCUCCCUGGAGGACGGAGCAAUCUGGGCCUUUGUGGCACCUGCCAUGUUUGUCAUUCUGGUCAACAUUGGCAUCCUCAUCGCGGUCACGAGAGUCAUCUCCAGGAUCAGUGCCGACAGCUACAAGGUCCACGGAGAUGCCAAUGCCUUCAAACUAACAGCCAAAGCCGUGGCUGUUCUCCUACCAAUCCUGGGGAGCUCGUGGAUCUUUGGCAUCUUGGCUGUCAACGCCCACGCCUUAGUAUUUCAGUAUAUAUUUGCUGUUUUUAAUUCACUGCAGGGGUUUUUCAUGUUCCUGUUUCACUGUCUUCUGAACUCAGAGGUUAGAGCUGCCUUCAAGCACAAAACCAAGGUCUGGUCCCUCACCAGCAGUUCCACACGCAACAUCAACGUGAAGCCCUUCAAUUCAGACAUUAUGAGUGGGACCAGGCCAGGCACAGCCCCCACGAAGGUGAACACCUGGGAUAAGAGCUCCCAUUCUGCAAACCGCAUCGAUUUGUCAGCAGUGUGACAGGAGCAGCAGCUCCUCAGGGAGCACCAGGCCAUCCAUCCAGGACCUCCACACCGUGCCCACCCGCUGCUCCUGCUGCCAGAAACAGCAGAAAACUGGGUGUAAAUCACUGCCCAAUGAACUGGCCCUUGCCAUCCUGUUUUGUUGAGUAAAUUGCCCUCGCUGCUUGCCCUCCAAACUGUCACAGGUUCUGUCAGCAAUUUCUGUAGCAGUGACCAGCACCAAUGCCCACUGGAUGGUUUUGUCAGCAGUGAUGAGAACACGGGGUGUGCAAGAAGGGCUUUUUGCUCCCUGAAUCACUCCAGCUCCCAGAGCUGAGGGGAAGCAGCAUGCCUCUGAACAGAGGGGGUUUUGUGCUCCCAAAGGAACUCUUCCCAUGGUGAUGGUGCAAGGAGACGAUUCCAGACUGGCUGUGCUCUCUCUGUUUACAUUUUUUACCUUGCAGAAUCAGCAAAGUGAAGUUGAUUCAAAAUAGAUAUUGUGGUGUUUAUCUAAGUGCUAGAAGGAGGCAGGACGUGAGGGAGAAGCAGGUUCCAGAGUGGCUGUGGAUGAGCAGAGCCAAUGAACCCAUGGGCAGCACCUGUGAGCUGAGACUCUCCUGGAUGGGCCUGUUGCCAUUUUAGCUCCUCCUGUUGCCAUUUUAGCUCCUCCUGUUGCCAUGUUAUCACAGGGACAAAGCUGGCUCUGGCUGUCCUGGAGCAGCCCCAGACCUCUGGUGCUGAUCUGUGUCUGUACUGCCACACAAAUAAUUUAGUUAUUCCCCUGCCUUGCCUGCAGCUCUGGGAUUUAUUCAGCAGCCAGGACUUCCCAGGGUGGCUUUGCAGCCACAGCUCCUGUCCCCAGCUCUCCCUUGAGCAGGGAAUUCACUGGCCUGAGCCCCUGGGCUGCCCAAGUACUGCAGGAAACAUGCAAAAAAACCCCAAACAGGCAGAAAAUAUGCAACUCUUCAACCUCACCUCUUGCUAAGGUGUUUCGUGUUGGGUUUUUAACCUUAAUUAGAUGUUUGUGUGCUCAGCAGCUCAGACCAUUCCUGGUCCCAGUGAACGUGCUGUUUGUUUCCAAGAGAAAAGGCAUUUACACUCUAAUGUGCAGAGUGGAAAUUUUCUAUUGCAUAGUAAAUUUAUCAAGAAGUAAAUGAAAGUAAAUUAAUCUUUAGGAACAGGAAAUACCCACCAACUAUGACUGAAUUUAGGGACGUGUUUAAUCCAAAAAACAUGGAAUUUAAAGUUUAGAAAACCUCAAUGCAUUUAAUUUCUGUUUGAUCCAAACCAAGUGUUGUCCCUGUUUCCUUCCUGCACUAAAAAAAGGAUCAGUUUCAGUUUGGGCCAGUCUUUCCUGCCUUUUCCCCUUGCUAGCCAGGACCUGCUGGUGUGAUCCCCAAGCUGGGAGCCCAGAGUCCACCCGAGCUUGUUGAGCUUACAGCUGAGAACUUUCUGCAGAGAUUAUUUCAGUGGCAGCAGAUCUGGAGCAGAGCAGAACUGCACCUCACACACCCAAACCAGGGCUGUAAUCUCAUGUUUCCUGAUGCCAGAAAACUCCAACUGCUGACAGCUAACUCAGAGCCUCAGUAAAAGCUAAAUAUGCAGGGGCUGUGUCUUUAUUUUUGGCUUUUCUGGGUGGUUUUCUCCUAGCCUUUUCUGCACUGCACUGUCUCACAGAUGUGCAAAUAGAUGGGCUUUUCUUGGCCUGAAAAUUAUUAUUUUUUCCCAACAGACCCUGUAGACAGAGCCCUUGGAAUGUACAGAGGAGAACUGUGAUAGCAGGGUUCAGAGCUUGUGUUGUGUGCAGAAAAUGUUUUUCUGUACUGGAGUUCUUUUGGUUUUGGUUUGUUUCUUUGGUUUGCUUUUGGUUUUUUUACACUGUGACCACAAAUACAGAUUUUAAAUCCCCCUUGAUCAUUUUUUAGUCAUUGCAUUAUAGCACAAAGUUCUGUGAAGGAACCAGACAACAUCUAAAACCUUCUUUAUUUUUUAAUCUUUAUUUUUAGGAGUAUUCCCCUCUGCACAGUUCCAUGACCUGCAUUCCCCCUGGGCUGUGUUGGUCACUUUGUGGCUGCCCCCACCAGAGGCACAGCAGUGACAGCAGAGGGGCACAGAGGGCUGCACCAGGCUCUCAUCCAGCUGUGCUCAGGUUUCAAACUGCUCCCCAAAGCACGGACAGAGUUGGGUUUGUCCUUGGCAGGGGCAGGCAGGGUGGAGAGGGAGCCCUGGCCCCCCCGGGUCCCCUCUGGCUGCAGCAGGUUUACCUGUUCCUGCCCCCCAGGUCUGGAGUUUUCCCACUGCUGGGGCUUCUCUGGUUGUGCUGAACUGGUGGGAAUCCCCUCCAAGUGAAAUGGGUUCUUGUUGCCAUUGAUUCCAUUUUUCUGUUUGAUUCAAAGUGUUUUUCUUGGUACUGAGUGCAGCAAAUGUACUGAUAAGGAAUGCUCAGAUGAAUCUUUGAACAAUCUCUUUCUGUCCUCAGUCUCUUGAAGCUUGAAAAUCUCACAGUUUAUUUAUGGGCUUGUACAUAGCAGCUAUUACAAUAUUUUUUUUGGACAGCAUCAUUUUGCCAACAGUAUGAAAUCUUAAUUGAAUGAAAUGUGAGUUUUAAAAAUAGGUAAUGUAGCAAGAGUGACUCUGCCAGUAAUUAGUAAAAUAAUUUCAUUUUGUUGUUUUUUCCCCCCUCAAAUAAAUAAGAAAUCUUAAUUU